GAGAAAAAGGAAUUCUCCUUUUACACGUAUUUAGAUAGGAGCACCCGAGCUAAAGCUUCCUCUUAAAGCGAAAAAGCCGCUAUCGCGCUGCGAUAACGCCGGCUUUUGAUGCGAGAGGGUGCUCCGCACCUUGGAGCCUAUUUCGUAAGCCGUCGGUGCUUUUCACACUUUUACUCGCGAGACGCAGAUGCGAACAUGGCCACGGACAGGGCAACGGUGCUGCAACGCUAUCUCGAUCUGGAGCAGCCGGACGACGCUGUCUUCUGCACCUACGUUUUCGUCGAUGGAACCUUGGAGAAAACGAGAUCCAAGACGAAGACUCUGGAGUUCGAGCCGAAGCGCGCCGAAGACUGCCCGGAAUGGACUUUUUGCGCCAAGUUAUCCUACCAGUGGCCGGAUGCAGGCCCAGAGUCCGAGGCCUACUUGUCGCCAGUCGCCCUGUUCAGGGAUCCAUUCCUCAAGGGCCGCAACAAGCUGGUCCUCUGCGAAGUACUACAACACGACCGCACACCCAUAAAGAGCAACACCCGCCGGAGUUGCCUUGAUGCAAUGCAGAAGGCAAAUGACCUGGAGCCUUGGUUCGGUAUCGAGCAAGAGUACGUGAUAACUGAAAAGGAUGGACUCCCACUAGGCUGGCCAAGAGACGCCACCCAUACAAUAAAACCUCUAGGUCCAUACUGCUAUGGCGUCGGGGCGGAUGCCGUUUCGGGGAGAUACGUAUCGGACGCUCACUACAAGGCAUGCACUUACGCCGGGGUCAAAAUGGCCGGUACGAACGCUGAGGGCGUCCUAUCACAGUGGGAGUACCAGGUGGGUCCCCUGGAAGGCAUCAGUGCCGCUGACCACUUGUGGAUGUCGCGCUACAUACUGGACCGAGUGGCGGAGGACUUCGGCGUACUGGCCACCCUGGACCCGAUGCCGUACCCACCGGGAAAAUGGCUCGGCUCUGCAGCCCACACAAACUUCAGCACCAAGGCGAUGCGUAGUGACGGCGGCAUAUGUGUCAUCAGAGAUGCCAUCGAGAAGCUGAAACGCAAUGCUGACGCUGAUUUGGCCAAGUACGACGCCGCCAAGGUCAAGCGAAACAAACUGCGGAUGGAAGCGCUGAUGUUGACCACGCCCCGCAACCAGUUCACCGCUGGCGAUUGCUCCAAGGAGGUCAGUGUGCGCAUACCGCGCACAGUGGUUGACGCAGGCAAGGGCUACUUUGAAGACCGCAGACCUGGAAGCAACGCUGACCCUUACACGGUCUGCGAGACACUCGUCAGGACCAUUUGCCUCGAAUGACGGACACUCUGGCAUAACGGACUUCGUGGCCGUUAUAAAGCGCUUUAUAAAGUUGUAUGAACGUUAUAAAGUACACAUUCAAUAAAGGCACAUGUUAAUCACCACCCGGA